CUCCGUCUUUCUUUCUGCCUUUCUUUCUCUGACCUCCUUUUUGUGUUGAUUUGGGUUUGUUUUUAUUUAUGUCCGAGCUGUGAGCGCCGUAGCGAUCCGUCGCUUCUCAAUGGAAGACAUCUUUCCACUCGCUGCGAGCGACGGAGCGACGCAUCGGCAUCCCCAUCGAAGAGAGACGCACUCUUUAUCUGUGAAGAUUUGAAGAAAAAAAAGAGAGAGAGAGAGAGCGCGAGAGGCAAAAGGAGAAGAAGGCAGAAGCCCACCCGGGAGACAAACCCCCUCUGUCGGCCUGUGACUGGGUGGGGGUUCGUUCGGGUUUCGAGCCGAUCCGGAUCGGGAUACCGAGAGCCGCUUUCACAUUUUGACCGCAUAAAAAAGGAGGGGUCAAGGUGUGAUACAUGGAUCGCACGAGAAGACUUGAAUAAUCAGAAGGUUUAACCUCCUCCAGAAGUGAGACACUUUGCCCUCGUUAAAGCUCUUUGCCCACGUCAAAGAGCUUGUCCCCCCUACCCCGCCCGUUCACUGCCUGUACCUCCGUUAAUCCUCACCAGGCAUCAUGGGUACGGUGCUGUCUCUGUCUCCCAGCUACCGCAAGGCGGCGCUCUUCGAGGACGGCCCGGCCACGGUGGGCCACUACACUGCCGUCCAGAACAGCAAGAACGCAAAGGAUGCUGCCGCCGCAGCUGCGAAGUCCCUCAAACGCCCCUCCAUCAUCAGCGUGCUGCCAUGGAAACGCAUCGUGGCCGUGUCGGCCAAGAGGAAGGGCUCCAAGAAGCUGCAGUCGGAGGGCGGGGAGGGCGGGAAAGGCAGCUCCCCGGAGUGCCACGCAGCCGCCACCGCCAACUCAGCCUCCAACAGCCUCAAGCUGAAGAAGUCUCAGUCUUGCGCGAACCUCUCAUCUUACACGUCGAGCCAGGACCCCUCAGCCACCACCACCACUACCUCCUCCCACCUGCCCACCUCCAAGACCUUGGCUAACGUAGCUACUGUGGUUGCCAAAAAGAAUUCCCUCACGGGUUCGGGGAUCCAGCCGUCCACUGCAGCCGGCACACCAAAACGUGUCAUAGUCCAGGCCUCCACCAGUGAGCUGAUGCGCAGCCUGGGCGAGUUCCUGUGCCGCCGGUGCUACAGACUGAAGCGUCUUUCCCCGACGGAUCCGGUGCUGUGGCUGCGCAGCGUGGACAGAUCCCUCCUCCUGCAGGGCUGGCAGGACCAGGGCUUCAUCACCCCGGCUAACGUGGUCUUCCUCUACAUGCUGUGCCGCGACGUGGUCUCGGCCGAGGUGGCCUCGGAGCGCGAGCUGCAGGCCUCGCUGCUCACCUGCCUCUACCUGUCCUACUCCUACAUGGGCAACGAAAUCUCCUACCCGCUCAAGCCCUUCCUGGUGGAGGCAGAGAAGGAGGCCUUCUGGGACCGCUGCCUGGAGAUCAUCAACCGCAUGAGCGGCAAGAUGCUCCAGAUCAACACCGACCCACACUUCUUUACCCAGGUGUUUGCCGAUCUGAAAAACGAGAGCAAGAAGGAGGAGGAGAAAACCAAACUCCUCAUCGGCCUUGACCGAUAAAGGGGAGCCGGGAGGUGGGGCAGGAAAGAUGGACGGACAGGAAGCUCACAGGUUGAGGGCAGGAAAUCUAGUUUCAUGCAGCGUAGCGCUGACAGGGAGACGUGCUGUUGUCUGGUGUCUCCA